AUGGGCCUACGAACCGUUUUCACCGACCACUCUCUUUUUGGAUUUGCCGACGCUGCCUCGAUCCUUACUAACAAGCUUCUCAAAUUCACGUUGAGUGACAUUGAUCAUGCUAUCUGUGUCAGUCAUACUUGGUACGUUAUUGACACAAACACCAACUCUAAAGGCGAAGAGCGACUAACUUGCAGCAGCAAGGAGAAUACGGUCCUUCGAGCUUCAUUGGAUCCAUUAAUGGUAUCAGUGAUCCCCAAUGCUGUCGUUGCAGAGAAUUUCUGCCCUCUCUCAUAUGCGCCUCGUGCCUCAGAUCACGUCCCAUCUUCUCCGGCCGAUCCACGACCAUCAUCCGCACCAAUCGGGCCCAAUGACACGAUCACAAUUGUGGUCAUCUCCCGUCUUUUCUAUAACAAAGGCACGGAUCUAUUGGUCGCGGCCAUUCCUCGAAUCCUCGCCCUUAAUCCCAAUACCCGCUUUAUCAUUGCUGGCUCCGGUCCGAAAGCUAUCGACCUUGAACAGAUGCUGGAACGGAAUGUCCUGCAAGACAAGGUUGAGAUGCUAGGAUCAGUACGUCACGAAGAAGUUCGGGAUGUUAUGGUACGAGGCCACAUUUACCUACACCCUAGCUUAACAGAAGCCUUUGGCACAGUCAUUGUCGAAGCCGCUAGUUGUGGGUUAUAUGUGGUCUGUACUCGAGUUGGAGGUAUCCCUGAGGUACUUCCACAGCAUAUGACUACGUUUGCGAAACCAGAGGAGGAUGACCUGGUUGUUGCUACAAGUAAGGCAAUCGCAGCCCUACGCUCGAACAAAGUACGGACCGACCGGUUCCACGACCAGGUGAAAAUGAUGUAUUCAUGGCAGGAUGUGGCCGAGCGUACAGAGCGGGUCUACCAAGGCAUUACGGGCGAUAUAUCCCCAGAGGAAUUCUAUGGCUAUUACCCAGGACAGGGCAGGGAGGCGAGUAGUGACAGAGUUCGCAGCUUUGCCCUCAUUGACCGGCUCAAACGAUACUAUGGCUGUGGUGUCUGGGCAGGCAAGCUGUUCUGUCUGUGUGUUGUGACUGAUUUCCUACUCUAUGUUUUCCUCGAGAUGUGGUUUCCCCGUGCCAAUAUCGACAUUGCAAGAAGCUGGCCAAAAAAACAGGGGCAAGAAAAAUCUCGUCCAUCAGCCAUUCCCCUCGAUUCUCAGUCUCAAUUCUGA